UCAAAGUCUUUCUUGACGUUCAGGACGCUCCCGAAUUUUUCGCUUCUUUUCUUGGUUUUCAAAAACAUACCUAUUAAAGCACAGUUAUCUUGGAUUAAAUUUCAUUAUUUCCAUACAAAUUAAAAUUGUAUCUAACUUUCUCCCAGCAUAAUGGAUACAAUACUAGAACAACAACGAAGUUAUCAUGAAGAGAGAGAACGUACCAUGGAUGCUAUGGUAAAAGAAAUACUGCACAAAAAAACUGGUCACCGAGAGACAAUCAAUGCUGAUCACCGACUGAAAAAUCUGCAUGAUAGAUACAUAGAAGCAACAAUAAGACUCAAGGAUCUAUAUGAAGACAAAGAUGGUUUGAGAAAAGAAGAAAUCUCUGCUCUGUCUGGCCCUAAUGAGUUUCAGGAAUUUUAUUCUAGGUUGAAGCAAAUUAAGGAGUUUCAUAGGAAACAUCCUAAUGAGAUAUGUGUGCCAAUGUCUGUUGAAUUUGAGGAGUUGGCAAAGCUUAGGGAAAACCCAGCAGAAGAUUUUACAACUCCUGUAGAGUUUACUGAUGAGGAAGGCUAUGGAAAAUACUUGGAUUUGCAUGAAUGCUAUGAAAAAUAUAUAAAUUUAAAAGGAAUUGAGAAAGUAGACUACAUAACCUACCUCAGUAUAUUUGACCACCUGUUUGACAUUCCAAGGGAACGUAAGAAUGGAGAAUACAGGAACUACAUCCGAGCAUUGCUUACAUACCUGAAGGACUUUGUGAGUAGAGUGAAGCCGUUGCAAGAUCAGGCCCAGGAAAUGGCGCUUGCUCAUCAAGAGUUUCUUAAGCAAUGGGAAGCUGGAACAUUUCCAGGCUGGCCGAAAGAAACAGGCGGUGCCUUAACAAAUGUUGGUGCCCAUUUGGAUCUGUCAGCAUUUUCGUCUUGGGAAGAGUUAGCAUCGUUAGGUCUGGAUAGAUUAAAGUCUGCUCUCAUGGCCCUUGGGUUGAAGUGUGGUGGAACUUUAGAAGAAAGAGCUCAAAGGUUAUUUAUCACGAAAGGCCAAACAGCCCUAGAUAAGUCAUUGGUCGCAAAGAAAGGCGCAAACAAAGCUAAAGCAUCUACUCAACAAAGGCAUAAAGAUAUUGCUGCUAUUGAAGCUCAAGUUUAUCGGUUCGCAAGCAUAGUGAGCAGUACAAGAGCGGCGACCAUAGAGAAUGUGACGCGUCGUGCGGCUCGCGCGGCCGGCGAGCGCAGAGACGACAGCGGAGAUGAAAGUGACGCUUCAGCCGCGCCUGAUAUCGACUCUGACGAUGACGAAGUGCCGUACAACCCUAAGAAUCUGCCGCUGGGCUGGGAUGGCAAGCCCAUCCCAUACUGGCUGUACAAGCUCCACGGUCUGAAUAUCAGCUACACUUGUGAAAUCUGCGGUAAUUACACUUACAAAGGGCCCAAGGCGUUCCAACGGCACUUCGCAGAAUGGCGGCACGCUCACGGCAUGCGUUGUCUUGGAAUACCAAACACUGCUCACUUUGCUAACGUCACGCAGAUUGAGGAUGCCCUAGCGUUGUGGGAGAAAAUUAAACACCAGAAGGAGAGCGAGAGAUUUGUCGCCGAAAAUGACGAAGAAUUUGAAGAUUCUCAGGGCAAUGUUGUGAACAGGAAAACUUACGAAGACUUGAAACGCCAAGGACUUCUGUAAAAAUAAAACUUAUUUAAGCAAUUGUGUAUAUUUUAAAAUAAAACAGAUGUGACAUUUA